UCAAUGGGGACCGUAAAGCUAUGGAGGCAAUGAAGGCAGUAAAAGCUGGAUUUUGACAUACCAAAAACGAAAUUAAAGUUUUGUAAACUAAAAUCCAAGGAAAAAAUAAGGAAAGAAAAAAAAAACGAAAAAAAAAAAAACAGAGAGUGCUGCAACUUACAAAAGGCAGGAUGGAGGCGCGUGGAGGCUUAGAGAUGAUGGAUCUUGCACCAAAACGCACGGAUCUACAAAGAAAUCUGCAAAUGCCUGAAUAUAGUAGGGGGCUUGAUGGCAAGAAGCCAGAAUCUGGCGGCACCAACAAGAACAGGGCUGGAGAAAAUGAACCAAAUCUGCCGCAGAGGAAGAAGAAGAAAUGGGGGAAAGAAGGCGGCCGGGGGGCUUGCAAGGAAGGCUCCUUCUAUAGUUUCAUCGGUUUUCAUAACCAGCCUUUGCUCAUGAGCUUGAAGCUUGCUUAUGAGCUCAGUAAUGGUGUUUUGCCUUGUACAUCACAAGGCAUCUCAGCACUCUAUUCCCUGCAGAGCAUCGUAAAGAAAUUCUUCGAUACAUAUAUUAUCAUCAGAAUGAAGAUGGUGGAUGGGGAUUUCACGUUGAAAGCCAUAAUAGCAUGUUCUGUACCGCUCUUAACUACAUUUGCAUGUGUAUUCUUGGGGAAGGACCUGAUGGUGGUGAAGACAAUGCCUGUGCAAGAGCGCACAAGUGGAUUCUUGACCAUGGCAGUGUCACUCACAAACCUUCUUGGGGAAAGACUUGGCCAUCGAUACUACGAGUAUUUGACUGGUCAGGAAGCAACCGAUGCCCCUAGAGUUUUGGAAGAUCUUUACUACCCACAUCCAUUGAUACAAGAUUUGAUGUGGAACAACUUGUAUGUAUUUGCCGAGCCUUUACUUACUCGUUGGCCUCUUAACAAGUUGGUUAGAGAGAAGGCUUUACAAGUGACUAUGGAACACAUUCAUUAUGAAGAUGAGAACAGCAGAUACAUCACCAUUGGCUGCGUGGAAAAGUGUUGCCUACUAAUGUCAACAUUGCCACAAGAAAUUGUUGGUGAGAAACUAGAACCAGAGAGGUUGUAUGAUACCGUUAAUGUUGUGCUUUCUCUCCGGAGCAAAAAUGGAGGUCUAUCUGCUUGGGAACCAGCUGGAGCUUCAAGAUGGUUGGAAAUGCUUAAUCCCACGGGAUUUUUUGAGGACAUUGUCAUUGAGCACGAAUAUGUUGGUGCUCUUCAUCAGCAAUCCAAGCUUUAAUCUUGUUUAAGAAGUUAUAUCCACAGCUUAGGAAGAAGGAGAUUGAAAGUUUUAUUGCAAAUGCUGUACGCUACCUUGAAAAAUGUACAAAUGCCUGAUGGGUCAUGGUAUAUUCCUCUCCUGUGUUUUUCUAAUACGUUCUAAAGCAUAUGAUAUUUAACAAAGUAUUAGAGAAAUC